AUGGCAAAAGAUUUUCCCAAAGACAAAUCGGAGGCCUUGCGGGGACCUUUGGUCCAGAGGAAGAAUGCAAGUCUAUGGUCUCAAUUCCAUUACUCCUGGCUAAAACCUCUGCUGGUCAUCAGUCUAGAUAGAAGGAGGCUGUACAAAAAACAGGCCCUGCGCAACAAAAAGGAAAAGGCGGUGCUUCCUCUGAGCAAAAUUAACCGCAAUCUUUUGGAAUCCGACAUAGGGGACAUUCCUCAUCCAUUUACUUCGAAAGAUUCCUGGUUGAGGCUCCAAAAGUCCCGAUUUCAGCCGGUGAAAGUCCCUUUAGGUGAAACUAUGCCUACAAAAGGCUUUCAAGACGAUUCGGUUAUUUCGGCUAAAUAUAUUUUCAUUUGUCUCGGUAAAAUGGUGUACCGAGAUUUGGUUUUCAGUGGCAUUUUCAAAGCCAUCUCAGAAGUUUCUUUGUUAAUUAUUCCAUUGCUGCUUUUUUACUUUUUAAAUGCGCUCAGCGGAAAUACUCAAUUUGUAGUUUUGGCUUUUUCCAUCGAUUCUCGCCAUUUGGCUUAUGCUUUGGGCGUUUCUAUUUUCAUCCUUUCCUCUUUCAGCUCGUAUUCGAGCAAACGCUCGGCAGAAAUAUUGAGGUACACCGGAACUUCUGUGCAAGCUGCGCUUAGCGCAGCAAUUUAUCGCAAGAUUUUCCGGCUUGCCCCACAUACCAGAUCUUCCCAUACCAAUGGGCGGAUAUUCACCCUCAUCACUAGCGAUGUCAGUCGAAUUGAUGUUGCUGUUGAUCAUAUUCAUGUGGCUUGGUUAGGUCCGCUUCAAAUACUCAUCAUUUCUGGGCUUUUGUUUUGGAUACUGGGUCCAGCGGCUGGUGCCGGACUUGCCAUGAUGAUCGGCAGUGUUCCUAUCCAAUAUUUAAUUGUCCAGCGGCUUGCAAAGAAGAGAAUCCAAGCAAUCUCCGCCACUGAUUGCAGAGUCAGGUUCGUCGAUCAGAUGCUGACAGGUAUCCGCGUCGUUGUCCUUAACGACUGGGAGGAUGCCUUCUGCAAAUAUGCAGACGACCUUCGCGCAAAAGAACUUUCGGAACAACUGGCACUACACUCACUGAUUGCCAUGCUGACUACACUCAUGAAUGCGACGCCAAUCAUGGCAUCUUUGGUUGCUUUUGCAAUGGCACUUUUUCUCGCACCGACAGCUUCAACGCUAUCGACAUCAACCAUUUUCGCCGCUAUUUCGAUGUUUAGUCAGCUUCGGUCAGCGAUGGGCACAUUUCCGCCGUUUUUAAGCAGGCUGAUUGAUGCUAAAAUUUCUUUAAAACGAAUCUCCGAGCUUCUACGCUCGGAGGAGCUUCACCCAUCAUCAAUGGGUCCAAUAGAGAUGGAUACAGCCAUUGAGCUGAAAGAUUUUUGGGCAUCUUGGAGUGGCGUCAAAAAUGAAGAGUCUUCAAAGCCUUUUAUUUCCACUAAAAUUAUGAAAUCGCUCUCCUCGUUGAGGGAUAUUACACUUUCAAUUCCAACUGGCGCCACGGUCAUCCUGAUUGGGCCUGUUGGCUCUGGAAAAUCAUCUCUUCUUCAGGCUAUUUUGGGCGAAAUUAACAUUGUCAGCGGAAGCCUUCACAUAUCUCCAUCACUGAUGGACCGCAAUACUUUCGGAUAUUCUCCGCAGCAACCCUGGAUUAGCCAUGGCUCUCUGAGAGAAAAUAUUCUUUUUGGGUGUAAAUUCAACUCCUCUCGUUACGGGGCCAUCCUAUCAGCUUGCCAGCUUCGCGAAGACAUUAAAAGCUUUCCAUUGGGAGACCUGGUUGAGAUUGGAGGGGCCACAUCUGCCCUUUCUGGCGGUCAGCGGCAAAGGAUUUCACUUGCAAGGGCUCUAUAUUCAAAUGCAGAGAUCUUGCUACUGGAUGAUCCCGUCUCUGCACUGGACGCUAAAGUGGCCAAAAUUGUCUGGGAAAAUGCCAUUGUUAAGAGCUCCACGCUUAAUAAUGGGAAGACAAAGAUAAUUUCUACGCAUGCGCUUCACCUAAUUAGGCCGGAUAGCUGUGACUGGAUCGUCUGCAUGGAUAAAGGGCGCAUCAAGUGGCAGGGUCCGCCAGAAGAAUGGUUCGCUUCUCAUGCAGAGAGGAUGCCCAAUAGAAUUCCUUUACUUUUGGCCAACGAAAAUAUCCAGCAGCCUCAAGCGGGAAAUACAGCAAGAAUUUCAACCGAUUGCCCGCAUACAUCAUUCGCAAUCAGCUCGAUGAAAACAAUCCACUCUCUUGAGUCGAUUACUUGCCGGCCGCAAGACCCGGAAACACCUAAAGAACCCUUCAUGGAGGCCCCAAUCCAAGAAACGGAGUCCAUUUUUGCUGAUGAGCUCCGAGAGCUUGAAACCUUUGAAGAAGGCCCACGAAAAGGGCACCGUUUCCCCCUAAAAGAAGAUAAAAGUGAAUUUGACGAAGAGAAAAUUCCCUCUAUUAGUUCACUUCCCCUGUCAAUUUAUGUACGCUUUCUCGAUCGUUUUGGAUGGGUUCUAUUUGUAUUGACCCUUUUCUUCUUAGUGCUGGUAAAUUUCUCCAGAAUUUCCACAGAGAGAAUGCUUGCUCAGAUUGGCGAAAGCAGUCUUAAGGAUAGAUGGAUGAUCUGGGCGAUGGCAUUUGCCUUUGUCACUUCAACAGCUUUCUUUACCCUUUUGGUGUCAGUAGGUGCUUGGAAUGCGGCUCGUUCCACAUACCGCGACGCUUUUUCAGGCAUUCUUAUGAUGACUCCUCUCGCGUUCAUCGACAAAUUCCCAUUCGGGUUUUUGAUGAACCGGCUUACCAAAGAUACUGAAUGUUCAGAUUUUGACAUCCUCGAUGCGGGGCGUGAUCUUUUAGGAAAGGCUUGCGCUGUGUUUUCUGUUCUGGUAUUGGUGGCAUUUACCAUGUCUCCAUGGAUGGCGUUUUUUCUGCCUGUCUUUUUGUUGCUGGCUAACUGGACGCUUUUGCGUCUCUACCACCGACCAAUGCUGGACUUGGAGCGCCUGUGCUCGCAUGCCCGUUCAGCAUAUUUGGGGCAGGUUCGAGAUACUUUGGGCGGUCUCCCGCUCAUCCGUUCCCGAAGUUUCCCAAGCAAGGACAAUCAACUAGACAUACAAGCCUUGAUGUGUCCAAAAGUAAUUAUGCCGCUCAAUAUGGGUUUGCCAUCCGUACAGGAGCUUUUCAUGGAGAAAAAUUUUGCUGCAAGUGACUGGCUAGUUGCGCCGACGCUUCUUUUGGCCUCGUUGAGGUCGUGGGCGUCACUCCGCUUUGAGCUUGUAGCAAAUUUAAGCGUGGCUGCAACGACGUUUUUCUGUGUAUAUGAAGGUAUUUCACCCGCCCUAGCCGGUCUUGUCAUACAUCAAUUGAUGAUGCUGGCCAAGUCAUUAUACACUUCUAUAGUUUCAUUUGCCGAUCUCGAAAUCGCCCUGUGCAGUUUCAGACGUCUCUAUGAGCUUGGGGAUGAAUCUAGAGCUUCCGUCAAAGAGAUGCCAUCAUAUCCACUUCCAACCACCUUGCCCCCAGGUUUAUCCUUCGGGGCCACUUCAUUUGUCCUUCAUAAAAAUGCCGUUCAGCCACAUUCAUCCCCGCUGUUUCAAAAUGAUCACUGGCCAUAUGAAGGCGCCGUUGAGUUUUCAAAUGUCACGCUCUCAUAUCUUCCGGACGGCGGACGUCCUGUGCUUUGUGACAUUAACUUUGAAGUGAGGCCUGGCGAACGCCUGGCCAUCAUCGGCCGCACAGGGUCUGGAAAAAGUACACUAGUGCAGGCCCUCUUUGGACUAAUACCGGUUUCGGAAGGCUGUAUUAAGAUUGAUAACGUUGACAUCUCGUGCAUUCCAGGCUCCAUGAUUCGCCAACGCUUAGCCAUUAUUCCCCAAGAUCCGGUGAUCUUCUAUGGACGCACCUUGCGUUUCAAUCUCGAUCCACUAAACUGCUAUUCCGAUGAACGGAUAUGGGCGAUGCUAGAGGCAUGUGCCAUUGGUCCUCAUUUGCGAGCAACACUGGUGCCACCCAGUCUGGACACCAUACUCAGAGAGGGCUCGGCAAUGCUAUCGCAGGGACAGUCUCAGUUACUUUGCCUUACCCGGGCACUACUUAAAAACUCGCGCAUUUUGGUGCUGGAUGAGGCAACCUCCAAUGUUGACAAGGCUCUCGAUACGCUCAUCCAGGAGACCAUCCGCCGUGUUUCGGUUCCAACUUUGGCACGCAUAGACCAAUCGAACCCUAACCUUUCUCCAUUUGAUAUCAUUGAGCAUCCUGUUACCGUGAUCACAAUUGCACAUCGGCUGCUCUCCAUCCUGGAUUACGAUCGGAUCAUGGUGCUGCAAGAUGGGUUCAUUGCGGAACUGGACACGCCUCGCUCGCUGUUUAAAAAUCCAGACUCUCUUUUCACCCAGCUCGUCAGGGAACUUGGCCAAGCCGAGUAUCAGCAUGUUGCCGCUUUACUCGGCGGAGAUCCAGGCGAGGCCUGA